CUCAGUAUAUAUCUGAUGUCUUUGUCCUCAGUGUUUCAUUGAGAUGGAAAACGCAGAGGACGCAGAAAAAAUGGCAGAAGAUUGCAAAGUCAAUCCACCAAAGCUCCACGGGAAACGUUUGACGGUUUACGUCAGCAGGAAGUACAGGCAGCUCAAACAUGGACAUCGAUGUCCGAGCACAACGAAGAGAGAGAACAGCAGCUCGACAGAAACGUCGUGCAAACAGCCUGAAGAGCCUCCGACCAAGAAAGCCAGGGAGGAGGAGAAGCCAGAGGAAGCAGAGAAAGAGAAGAGGGUGGAGGAGGAGGGGGAGGUGAAGCAGGCGGAGACGCAGGCGGAUAUGCAGAGCUGUGACGUGAGCGUCAGUGACGAGACGAAUCCUGAAGUUUCUGAUCAGAAACCGAAGAAUGAGGAAGAACUGCAGGACGUCAAACAGGAGCAGAUGGAGAUGACGCUCAAUCAGGACAGACAGACCGAACCCCCCCCACCUGCUGAAAACAAACCCAGUGUGGCAUCUCUGCCGCUGCCCCCCCAUGACCCAGACACCCCCAUCGGUGUUGAACACGUGAAAACGGGUUUUUACUGUCGAGUCUGUUUCCUGUUUUACUCCAAUGAAGACAUGGCAAAGAAAACCCACUGCAGCAGCCAGGCGCACUACGAUAAGCUGCAGAAAUAUCUGGAGAAGGAACAAACCAAAGCAGAGAAGAAGAGAGUGAAGAAGACGUCGUCAUGAAAUCAGCUUCUUCAUCAUGGAGGAGCAGGAACUUUAACUUUUUACUUUAGUUUGGUGAUGAUGAGGAGACGCUCUUCAUCGAGGAGCUCGUCCAUUCAAACGCUGGAAUGUCAGAAACGACCCAGGUGUUAAUGAGGCAGGUAAAGGAAGACGUCAUCGGUGUUCAGCUUCAUCACGAGGGGAACGGCGGACUGUGAGCUUCGCUUUCUGUAUUCAGAUAAAAUUAUUCACCCGAACUAUUUUUAAUGGGUUUAACAAUCCUUCCAUCAAUUUAACUAGUGGAUGGAUACACUGCGGCGCUUCGUCAGGAAAUAGUUCCAGCGUCAAACAGAUUAGAGUCAGUUUCACCUUCAAAGUGAAAAAUAUUUAACAAAAAACACAGAACAAACUGAAAAUGUUUUGAAGUUUUGUUUAUUUCUUUUAUAAAAUUAAACAAGUUUCAUCAAAUUUGACUGUGACAUCAUCGUCUUCACACUAAACAUCAACAGAAACUGUGAUGUCACCGGUGGUUUGUGAGUUUCUGUUCUGAAGCAUCACAUGUUGUUCAGCGCCAUCUUUAAAAAAACAAAACAAAAGUAACCAUAUUUGGAUGUGCAGGGGUGGAGUCUGACUGAGCAUGAGGACACGCCCACCUGCCACCCAUUGGAGGGGGCUAGCUGACGCUGCAAAAAUAAACGAAGUCGUAACAGCAAAUUGAAGUUUUUACUAAACAUGUUUUUGAAAGCGGGAAUCCGCACCGCUGAUCAUCUUCCUGGUUUCAAACCCUGAACUCUGCUGAAGUGUCCACGAGCAGAAAAGCUUUUUAAAAAGUCUUCAAAGCAGCAGACGUCUUUUUCACCACAGUCUGACCUGGUUGAUCAGGACUUCUGGGUAAUGUAGUGUUUCAAAGUGACUCAUUCAGUUAGUUUCCGUCUCUGGAGUUUGUUCAGUGAACCGAUGAAUUCAUCUUCAGCGACUCAGCUCGUCCACGGAUCGAUUCCCGUCUUCUCCUGGAAAAAACCAUUUCUGUUAAUAAAUGUUUGUUUCUGUCGUUUCA